GCGAAGCUGAUUGGCUGAUCAUGGCCGUGUACCUGCCGGGGUUUUCCGGAAUGUGGGGAGAGGCUCGGGGGGAAUCGUCAUGGCCUGGUUGACCCAGCACUUGCGCGAACUGCAGGGACCUCUGCUCCCACCCAAGGACUUGGUGGAGGAGGACGAUGACUAUCAGGACGAAGCGGAGGAGACUGAAGAUCUGGUGUUUGUCGACGCCGAGGAGCUGUGCAGUGGGGGCGUAAAGGCUGGCGGCCUCCCCGGACUCCUCCGCGUUGUAAUUCCUGAUGAAAACACUCAAGAGCAAUGUCAAGUGUUUGGACGUUUUCCAGUAACGGGUCCUUGGUGGCGAGUGAAAGUACAAGUGAAACCUUUGGGACUGAGGAGCUAUCAAGUUCAAGGAUUUCCAUCUUACUUUUUACAGUCCGAUAUGUCACCACCCAAUCAAAAAAAUAUCUGUUCCCUGUUUCUUAAAGACUGUAAUGUCUCCAGUGAUCAUAUAAAUAAAUUUUUAGCAUGGGUAAAUGCUGUAUCAAGCUAUAAAAACCUCAACUUUGAAAAUCUUAGGGAAACAUUAAGAACUUUCCAAAAGGAAAUUGAAAGGAAUCAUCAAAAACAGUCAAAACAGAAUGUACAGGAAGAGUCUCUACCAGAAAAUGAGAUGUGCCUUCCUCUGGAAAACACAAUUCCAUUUAUAAGUGUAAUGACAGCUUUGCAGUUUCCAAAAAUAAUGGAAUUCCUUCCAGUUCUUCUGCCUCGACACUUUAAACGGCUCAUAAGUUCAGGUUCUAAGGAGGUGUUGGGAGCCAUAGAAGAGAUGUUAAGUACACAUCCGUGGAAACUUGGAUUUGGUAAAAUAACCUACACAGAACUGAAGCUUUUGCAGUGUGAGGCAAGUUGGACAUCAUUUUGUCAGUGCAAGUCUCUCCUCCAGUUGAUGACUGCUUUGGAGCAAAAUGCAUUAAUAAUAUAUUCUAACCUGAAACAUAUAUGUAGAGACCAAGGGCACACAUGUGUUGAAGAAGCUGACUUCACUUCUAAGUUGUCAGACCAUAUGUCUUUCCAUGAUGCUUGGCAGUCUCUGAGGUUUUUGAAGGAUAUUGGUGUGGUGACCUACCAGAAGGGCUGCAUCUUUCUUUAUGACCUUUACCAGGCUGAGAAAGACAUUGCCUCUUCCAUAUGUGACCUGAUGACGAGGCCCCCAUGGCAUUUACAUGUCGAUGUCAAAAGGGUGCUUGCGUCUAUUCACACCGCACAACCGGAGAACUCACGAAGCGAUGAUGCACUGGACGAAAGUCAACCUGAUGAGAGCAAUGUGGAAACUUCUGUGGACAUUCUGGAGAGCCAGGACAGUGGUGACCAUAUUUGGAACAAUGGUGAACAUGAGGUUAACGCAGAAAUCAGUGACGCUCUGCUGGAUCAGGAUCAGGUGGCUGCUUUGGAAAUGAUUUGUUCCAAUGCUGUGACAGUCAUAAGUGGGAAAGGCGGUUGUGGGAAGACCACGAUUGUUAGCCGUCUUUUUAAGCAUAUGGAGCAGUUGGAAGAAAAAGAAGUAAAAAAAGCUUGUGAAGAUUUUGAACAAGACCGGGAUGUACCAGACGAAUGGAUUACCUUUACCGAGCAAAGUCUACUGAAGGCCGACAAGGCUAUAGACGUGUUAUUAACAGCACCAACAGGAAAAGCAGCUGUCUUAUUGCGACAGAAGACUGGUUUUAACGCUUAUACACUGUGUCAGGUCAAUUAUAGUUUCUAUUACUGGAAGAAAAAAAACCCGGCCAAGAACAGCCCAUGGAAGUUUUCCUCCGUUAGAGUUCUGGUUGUAGAUGAAGGGAGUUUGGUAUCUGUCAAGAUCUUCAAGUCAGUUUUAAAUUUAUUGUGUGAGCACUCCAAACUUUCUAAGCUUAUUAUCCUUGGUGAUAUUAGACAGUUACCCAGCAUUGAACCUGGUAAUGUGCUGAGAGAUCUUUUUGAGACUCUUAAGUCAAGAAAUUGUGCUAUUGAACUAAAGACAAACCACAGAGCAGAAUCUGAGCUAAUUGUGAACAAUGCUACGAGAAUCUCAAGACGCCAGUUUCCAAUAUUUGAUGCAGAGCUGAAUAUCUCUGAUAAUCCAACAUUCCCUGUCUCAAUACAAGAUAAAACAUUUAUUUUUAUCCGACUCCCAGAAGAGGAUGCCAGUUCUCAGUUCUCAAAAAGUGAUCAUCGCUCUUAUUUAUAUUCUGCAGUUGGAACCUUGCUCAAAGAAAAUGACCUACAGGAUGCACAAAUGUCACAAUUCAUUGCAUUUAGAAGGCAAGACUGUGACUUAAUCAACGCCUGCUGUUGUAAGCACUACACGGGCCGCCUGAUCAAAGACCAUCGGAAUAGACUUCAGUUUGGAGUUGGUGAUAAAAUUUGUUGUACCAGGAACGUGUAUCUCUCGGAGCUACUCCCUCAAGAUACCUCUCCCAGUCAGGAGAGUAAUGAACGAGAGGCCAGUGGUGAAGACUUUAAUGGUACUCUUCGUGGUUUUGCUAAAAAUAAGCAUGACUUUGAAAGUGAUAUUCGACUCUGCAAUGGAGAAAUAUUUUUUAUAACAAAGGAUGUAACUGAUGUAACUUUUGGAAAGAGAAGAUCUUUGACCAUUAAUAAUAUGGCUGGCUUGGAAAUAACCGUGGACUUUGAAAAACUGAUGAAAUAUUGUCAUAUAAAACAUGCCUGGGCAAGAACUAUUCACACUUUUCAGGGGUCUGAGGAGCAGACGGUCGUGUAUGUGGUUGGGAAGGCGGGCCGCCAGCACUGGCAGCACGUUUAUACGGCGGUGACCCGGGGCCGCGGCAGAGUGUAUGUCAUCGCAGAAGAGUCUCACCUCCGGAGUGCAAUUAUGAAAAGCAGUGCCCCUAGAAAAACCCGUUUGAAACAUUUUUUGCAAAACAAGCUCUCCAAGAGCUGCGCGUCUCUGGCGGAUUCCGCAUCCCCGUCGGAGAGCUCUGGAGACAGCAGCAGGCCCGGCACACAGCCGUCAACACCAUCACACCUUGCAGUCACAGCCAGCACCGUGACACCCAGAAGCAAGGCCUCCGCAGCUGAUGACAGGACGUUCCCCUUGGCCGGAGAGUGGAAAUUCUCUUCACCCGAUGAGGUGGAUACAGAUGAAGAUCCAUCAAAACCCCGUGGGUCCAAAAGAGCCUGUGGCAUGAGUGAUGCUGAAAGUCCAAGCAAAGUCCUGAUGGUGGAAGAAUCAUCUCCGCAAGUGUCUUUGAAACUUCGGAAUUUGAGACUGAAUAGUUUAACCCCCCGGCAACUUUUCAUACCCACAAGUAAUCAAGAAACUUAAUUUGAUUUCAGAUUGUGCAAAGUAAUUUCUCUCCCUCUCUCUCUCUCUCUGUCUUUUUUUCUAUUUAACACAAAUGAACAUCGUAGCUUGAAAAUAUUAAGGUACAAAACAGGAUAUGUGUAACUGGGGUUUUAUUUUAAGGUGUUUGUGUUAGCAGAUAUUUUAAAUCCGUUUGAUCAUAGAAAACCAUAAUGAGUUCAACUUCUGUCAUCAUGAGAACUGAUAGCAUAUAUGUAUAUAUUUUUUAAAGUUUGUACUUUAAAAAGUGUUUUAUUUUUGCAAUAAUGCCUUUAUUAACUUCCAUGAUCAUGUUGGGUGGUCUUUGCCCAUGGUAUGAAGCCAUGGUCACGACAGACUGUAAUUACGCCUCUCGUAUUAUUAACUGACACACAUUUUUCAGGAUGUUGGGUCUUCUGCCAAGUGUUCAUCUGGCAAGGCUCCUUGCUCCAUCACGGCCGGCCGGACCCACUUCACCUGGAAAUUCCUUCUGAUUUGGGAGUACAUUUCUUUUUCUGUAUUUGAGAUACCAUUGACAUAUGUUACUACUGUGUACCUUGAAAGUGUACAGUGUGUUGAUUUGAUACAUUUAUACAGUCAAUAUGAUUUCUACUGUAGCAUUAGCUAACCCCUCCAUCAUGGCACAUGACUAUUAUUUCUUUUAUGAAUACAUUGUUUUGAAGGUAUUCUACCGCCGGAAAAUUAUUUUCUUUCAGUGAUUUUAUUUUUUUUAGAGCUCUAUUUAUUGUUAACCGAUGAAAGAAAAGGUUAAGAAAAAAAAAAUGUACCCGUGAUUCUAACAUUUGAAAAAGAACCUUAAUGAGCUAUAAUUCACAUACAAUUCACCCGUCAAAGGGGUAAAACGGAGUGGCUUUUAGUACAUUCAUGGAGUUGUGCCACUGACACCACAAUGGAUUUUUGAACACUUGCAUAUCUUCUCCAAGAUGUGCCUCUUAGUACCUGUACCUCGUAGUUCUGACCCCCUCGUCCCCUCCAGCUCUGGGCAACACUAAUUUACUUUGUCUCCAUUGAUUUGCCUGUUGCAGACAUUUCCUACAAAUGGAAUCCUACAAUAUGUGGUUCCUUGUUACUGACUUCUUUAACUUAGCAUAAUGAUUUCAGACUUCAUGUUGUGGCGCCUCUCAUAUCUGUCUUUUUAUGGAAGAUUAAUAAAUAUGUACCAAGA